CAUCGGUUGUGCCAGCUCUAACGUUCGGGUGGAAUGUAAAUUGUAAUAUCCCAAUAAUUAGCAAGUGAGCCAAAAAGUUUUCGUUUUCCCCUUAUCGCGACUACUGUCAUGCCCAGGGGGUAACACAACGACGAUUCCGUUGAUUGCCGGACACGGAGCCAGUGCAUCCCAGCCUGCCGGAGCAGGUCAAAACAAAGUAAAACGCAAUUCCACUGCGAUGGCGACGGGUGGGGAGGCAAGCGAGUGUUGAAAAAAAAUCGGAUUGGAUAUAGGAAAUCGGCCAGAAAGGGAACAAAAGUACCAGCCAAGAGCUUUGCGCGAACCAUCAGCAAUCUAAGGUCGGAAAUCACUUAAACGCUGGCUGUGGCACCCAGAUGAGACAUGCUAAUAGUGCGAAUGGUCUUAACGCAUCGCAGAAGCAGUGGACACAACGGACUAGAGCAAUAACAGUGUAGUGAAAAACCCGAUUAUAGCCGGAAGUUGUGUCGUCCUGGGUGGCAGUAUGUCCAGGAGGAGUUGCCACAUAAUUACCCUGCUGGGCUUGUGCCUGGUCUGUCAUGAGGCGGCAGUGGCUAGGGGUCAUGUGCUGGUCUAUCGACGAAUCACAAGUCAGUUGAUUGAAGAGUUCAAUGAUCUGCCAGCACAAUUUGGCGGUAAUCUGCCCUCAAAUGGUCUCAAGGUGUAUGUGGUUCCCGCCAGGCGCCCAUAUUUUGGUUGUGAUACUCUGGACAAACCGCCGCAUCAGAGUUAUCCAGUUAAUGCCAAAUUUGUGGCCCUGGUAUCUCGUGGUGGCGAUUGCACUUUUGAGCGGAAGGUGCGAGUUGCCCAAAAUGCCAGCUAUUCUGCUGUGAUUGUCUACAAUAAUGAAGGCGAUGACUUGGAGCAAAUGUCCGCCGAUAAUGCGACGGGCAUCAGAAUACCCUCCGUAUUUGUGGGCCACACCACGGGCAAGGCGUUGGCCACAUACAACACGCCCGAGGUGGUGCUGAUCAUCAACGAUGAGCUGCCCUUCAACAUUAACACCCAACUUAUAUUGCCCUUCUCCAUACUUAUCGGCCUGUGCUUCAUCAUAAUGGUUAUCUACAUGAUCUACAAGUGCAUCCGCGAGCAGCGUCGCUUGCGUCGCCAUCGACUGCCCAAGAGCAUGCUGAAAAAGCUGCCGGUGCUGCGCUACACGAAGAACAAUGCAAAUAACAAGUACGAUACCUGCGUAAUCUGUCUGGAGGACUUUGUGGAGGACGAUAAGCUGCGGGUACUGCCCUGCUCGCAUCCUUAUCACACACACUGCAUCGAUCCCUGGCUCACCGAAAAUCGCCGCGUAUGUCCCAUUUGCAAGCGCAAGGUUUUUACGAAGGGCGAAGCACGUGCAAGUCGGAGUCGACAGCCUUCUUUGGAUAAUGUCACCGAUACGGACGACGACACCACGCCACUGUUGCAGCAACAGCAAUCGAACGGCAGGCAGGGAGGAGUCCAGGUGAACUCUUCCUCCUCUGCUGCAGGGGCAGCUGCUGGUAGCAGCUCGAGUGUUUCAGCGGCUGCUGCUGCGGCCGGGACAACGCGACAUGGCACGUUCCGGCGAGGGGACGCUGGUCGGAACCCUUUCGAGGAGUCCCAGAGCUCGGACGAUGAGAAUGCCCUGCUGGACUCUUCCGUGCGUCCGGCCCACGAACGCAUCAAUCCCUUCGAUCGAGCGCCCAACCUGCCGGCCCAUCUAGCCGAGCAGUUGGGUGAACGUCGUCCCACGAUCUGGUCGCGCAUCAACUUUGGUUCAUUCUUCCGACGCCAGCCGACCACAAUUAGUGUGACGGCGCCGCCUUUUCUGGAUCAUGUGGAGUCCGGUACCAUGGGUGCCAUGGGUCUGCCGGUGACGGGGACAGUUGCUGUGGCCACGCCCGCAUCGAACAACAUCCUCAAUCCGAAUUUAAGCGGCUCCUUCAAGGACGACGACGAUAUGCCACCGCAUCGCUCGAUCUACGAACCGAUAGCAAUCAGUACGCCUGCCACGGAGACGACGGGAGCCGCCGUCGCCGUCGAUGAUUCAGCGUUUCUGCAAACGCCCACGCAGGGCGGCAUAGGCGUGGCCGCACUGCCUCACAGCGCCUCCGAUCGCCAGUUUCUCAUAUGAGUAGCGAGUCCUUAGCCUGUAGGUUGUCUGUCCAGUCGAUGAUCCUCGAUCCAAGAAUAUGGAAUGCAGUUUUUCGAUUGGGUUUUCGCUAUCAAUGCUGUGGCUGCCAGCUGCUUUGUUUUAACAAUUAACUAAUGUUUAUUAUUAAUAUUAAUAAAUAUGUAGCCAAACCCUGUGUUGGAUGGACUGUGCGCUGUUGUCCCACUUCCAGGACAUUCUCCCGCAAACACAGAGACAAAACGCAAACACAAAACACACACACACACACGACGUAAACAAAUUGUGAUUUAUUUUAUAUACAUUUUACAAUUAACCCAAUCGGCUUACUACAAGGUCCGCCCCUCCCCCCGCCAGCGAAACACAACCAAAAAGUCAAAGAAAGAAAGUUAGAAAACGAUUUAAGAUUUAAUUGCUUACCUGAUUCGGAUUAAUUAUUGUUUUUUUUUUCUGUUUUCCGACACCACACAGAUGCAACACUUACACACAGCGACUAAGCUGCUGAUUCAUGAAAUUAGUCGGCUGUUAAUCAAGUGGACAUUUUAAUUCGACUUUAAACAGCUAAAAAAACAGAAUGAAAUUAAUGUAAACUAUUAAAAAUGAUUAUGUGGCAUUGGCCUGUAUAUUGUACAUUAUUCUCGAUUUAACUAAUUUUAAGUUAACUAUUUCUUAGCAUACGAAACUCUGAUAUCCAAUGUUACUAUUUGAUUUUCGACCCGUGUUUUGAGAGCAGAGAUAACUUUACCAAAAUAUGAUCAAAAUAUAUUUCAAAGUCAAUGUCGUCGUUGCCACAACACACUCCACUACAAGUAGAAAACUUAAGCGCUAGUUUGUGAUUAUUUUUCCCAAAAAAAAAAACAACAAAAACAAAUAAUAAUAAUAAUAAAGAAAAUAAAAAUACUUAUAACAAAAGCAACUGAUGAAAACUGUUCAUGAAACAAAACGAAAUCAAUUAGGGCAUAGAUGCAGAUAUAUAGCAAUGCUGUGGCAGUGUAAUCUAAAUUUAAUUUACAUUCAACAAAAAUAAACGUAAUGAAUAUAUAC